GACGCCGGGCCCGGCCCGCGGGGAGCGGCGGACAAUGGCAGGGGGUAACCCGUAACCCCGGCGGCGGCCCGCGGCCCCCGCUCCGCUGGCUGCACGCUGGAACCAGGGCCGGGCGCGACGCCGAUGCAGGAGCCGCCGCCCGCCGGGUGCCCCGCCGGGGCGCAGGACCGGGCCGACUCCAUUUUGUUGGCGUCCGCUCCGCCGCCGCUCGCAGGCCCGCGGCCUGCCCGUCGGCCCCGGGGCCGGCCGGGCGGAGGGGAGCGGCGAGUGGCGAGGGAGAGGGCGGUGGCCGGCCGGUGCGCCGAGGCCCGCAGGUGGAUGCCCGCGGCCCGGCAUGGAGCAGGCCUGCGAAGUGAGCCGCCGCAGCUGCCUCGUCCCCUUCGGCACCUCGCUGGCGGCCGCCGAGGCCAAGGGCGGCCCCUUCGGCGAGGGCCGCGGCUCCGACCCGCCCGCCAUGCAGCUGGCCGCCGCCAAGCCCGUCUACGGCCAAGACCCCUCGUCCUGCUACAUCCCGCUGCGCCGGCUGCAGGACCUGGCCUCCAUGAUCAACGCCGAGUACCUCGGCGGCGCCGCCGACGGCGCUGAGGCCUUGCCCGACCCCGGCUCGCCGCCCCCCCGCCUCCCCGCGGCUCAGGACCCGGCGGCCGACGCGCCCCGCGGGGCCCUGGCCUUCCCCCUGCUCCUGCGGGACGACGGAGUGGAGGAGGAGGAGGAGGAGGAGGAGGAGGAGGAGGAGGAGGAGGAGGAGGGAGCCGAAACGCCGGAGGAGGAGGAGGAGGAGGACGACGACGAGGAGGAGCAGGAGGAGGAGGAGGAGGAGGCGGCGGCAGCCGAGCCGGGCUCUCGGAGCCGCGGCCGCCCCGGGCCGCAGCAGGGCCCUGCCAGCCCGCCGCCGCCCCGCUUGCAGCCGGCCGAGCCGGUGCCGGACGGCGACCCCGGGGAGAAGCCGGAGCCUUCCGCCACCGCCGGGGCGGCGGCCCUGCAGCUCAUCCGAGCCAAGAAGAAACCUACUCCAGUGAAGUAUGAAGUUGGGGAUCUUGUUUGGGCCAAGUUCAACAGACGCCCAUGGUGGCCAUGCACAAUUUGUCAUGACCCAGUGCUGGACUGUCACUCAAAAAUGAAAGUUUCCAAUCGGAGACCAUACCGAGAGUACUAUGUGGAUGCCUUAGGAGAACCUUCAGAGAAAACCUGGGUUGCUGGGAAAGCUAUUGUCCUCUUUGAAGGAAGACAUCAGUUUGAAGAGUUGCCUGUUCUUCGGAGAAGAGGAAAACAAAAGGAAAAAGGCUACAAACAUAAGGUUCCUCAAAGAUUUAUGGCUAAAUGGGAAGUCAGUGUUGGACAGGCAGAAGACAUUCUUCUUGGGGGGCCAGAGGAUCAAAAGUGCAGCCAGAACUCCAGUGAGCUGGACAACGAGAAGGAAGUGCGGUCAGAAUAUUAUGCCAAUGGCCCUGAAGCAGUAAGGGACAGGCAGCUGAACGGCUGUUUUAAAUCCUUGGCUUUUGACUCCAGACACCCAGCCAGUGAAAAAGGAAAAUUGCACAUUAAGCCACAUGUGAAAAAAAGCUCUGACAGCAGAAAAAGGACUAGAGUAAAAAAGAGUGGCACAAGAGGGGAAGCAUCUAGGGGAGAAAUCAAAGAAAAAACGCCAGAGAGCAUAGUUAGAAACAUGAUGAUUGGGGACCUACCAGAUAAACAUGCAUCUCAUGAACUUCGCCGGAUUGCCAACAGCCUAACAGCAUCCAGUAGCACCAGGGAAAACCAUUUGCUUUCCUCCUUUGGAGAAAGACGUUUUGAAAAGACACCUUUGAAACCAGACUAUGAGAAUCGUAAAAGUGAUGCUCUGAAGAACGCUCUCCAAGGGGAUUUGUUUUCCAGUGCAUCUUUGGAGAGAGAUAAGGGCUCCCUGGGCAUUUUGUGCAGCUCCAAAUUGCAAAUACACUAUUCUGCGUCUGAUGCUGGUAUUGAGAAAAAGCAAACUGAAUCGGAUUCAUCCUCUUCCCUCUCAGAUGGUGGGAACAGUGAUGUAGAUACCAUGGACCAAAGUUCAGAGAGAGCCUCUAGUGCUCUUGAAGUUAGUGAUUCUUCAGAUAAAAUGGAGAAGGAAUUUCCUAUGACGUCAAGUGGAAACAUUAAGCUUUCCAUGUAUCUUUCUCAGAAGAGCAACAGAAGGGCCAGGAAGAAGUCAUACAGAGAUCGCAAACCUCUGGGAGGUUCGGUUACCAGCAGACUUGAUGCUGAAUUUGCAGAUGGGGAGCUUGAAGGAGGCUUCUCUGAUGCCGAGAUGUCAUUGACAGCUCUUGAGCGCUCUUCAGAUGUGAGAAAUGACAAUCUUUCCCUAGCAAACAAGCACACUACUCCCCAGAGUGUUUCCAAGGACAGCUCCUGGCCUACCGUUGCAAAUCCAGCAAUCUUAAAACCGAAAAACAUGAAAUUGCCCCGAAUUAGGAGUAUAAAAUGCAAACAUAAAGAAAAAGUUGCUGGGUUGGAGCCUCCUCUUGCAGAAGAGGAGGGUGGCAUGAAUCGCUGCUCUUCUGAUACCAAAGGUUUCUCUGGCCUUCAGAGAGAUCCUCUUCAGAGAAGCGGAAAAGUUGAUGGUCAGAAACUGUUAAACAACAUGCAUGAGAAAGCCAGGGAUUCUGCUGAAAUAGAAACGGCUGUGGUGAAACACGUCUUGUCAGAGCUGAAGGAGCUGUCUUACCGGUCCAUGAACGAUGAUGCUAGUGACUCUGGUGCUCCAAAGGCCACAGUACCUUUACUUUUUUCUUCUGCCUCUGGUCAUGGUCGUUUGCCUAUUGAGCCAGAUUACAAAUUCAGCACCUUGUUAAUGAUGUUGAAGGAUAUGCAUGACAGUAAGACAAAAGAGCAGCAACUGAUGACUGGUCAAAAUAUAGUCCCAUUUCGAAAUACCAGCACAGCCGAUGGUUCUGGAAGCAAUUCUGCGUGUGGUCUGAAGUCCUUGUCUAUUGUAGGUCCCCCAUAUAAAAUAGAAAAAAAUGGAGAUUGUGUCCAGGAAACAGUAAAUCCAAACUCUGCUAUAAGCAACUCCUCAUUUUCACGCAAUCCUCCAACCAAGUUGAUGGGGAUUGGUACUAGUAAAAGGGAGCCCACGAGUACUGCUGUUUCUGGGACAAAUGGCACAAAUUGCGUGACCAAACGCAACUGUUCAAAAUCUAAGCAGUCAUCAAAGCUUGGAGAUAAAACAGUUUCAAACAGAAAGGACUUAAAACCAGGAGGGCCAAGUAAGUUGCUAAGUCGGUUAUCCAGAGAUUCAGGAGAACAUGCAUUCCGCGUUCAUGGUUCGGUUACCAGUCCUCUAGGUAAUGAAGCAGAAGAUACUGAGAGGAAAGAGUCUGUUGAUUUAACAGAACAUUCAACUGAUGAAGACUCUGCCUGUUUAUCUGAUGACAAUUUAGAUCGUAUUGGAAGGAGACCUGAAGCUGGUAGAAAUAUUGAGAGCUGCACUUCUGCUGAAAAUGGGGAGAGUCCAGACUUGGAUUCAGAGGCAAAUAGUGAGAGCUCUCUUGGUGAUGAGUCUAAUGAUAUAAAUCACGUAGCACCCAAAAAGCGAUGGCAGCGUUUUAACCAAAGCAGUGCUAGAUCUAAUAAGCACAUCAGUAGAUCUAGGGAACAAGGAAACUUGGAGAGUGCCUUUGGCCUGAAUUCUCGUGGCUUUUCACUGAAGGGAAAUGAGUGCUUGGGACGUAGGCAUUCCCCUCAUUCCAAAGUGCUUGAGGGAAACCUGACAGAUCAGGACUAUAAGAAUCAUUUAGACUUAGUUGAGAAACAUUUGAAUGUAUGUGGUAAGCCAAACAACAGUGUGAUGGACACAGAAACAGAGCUUGGCAACUUUGCUCCCCAGUCUGAAUUCUCUGCACAAGUACAUUCAGAGAGGAAACGCCUUAGAAAGCCAAGUAAACGGCUUCUGGAAUAUGCAGAAGAAUAUGAUCACUUAUUUGCACCCAAGAAAAAAUCAAAGAAGGGCCAGGAGCAAUUGCAAAAGGUGAAUUCUGUGGUGAGGUCUGAAUUUGAAGGAGGUCUUCCUGCACAAUGCAGUCCUGACAGAGAUACCCUGCGGGGGCCAAGUCCUUUGGUUUCAACUCCAUCUUCAACCAAAGAGUCCCCUCCCAUCCUUGAAGCAGAGUGUUCCUUCUCAGAACUAGGAUCCCAUUCCACUGAUCAACUUCUAGAAGGACCUUCACAUUUUCCAGAGCUGGUGCUGUCUUCCUCGGAUGUUUCUGAAGUUUCUGCUUCUCCAGAUGCAGAAGAGAGAUUCCUGAAAUCAGGCAACUUCGAAAGCAAGAGACAAAGGAAGCCCACUAAAAAGCUCUUGGAAUCCAAUGAUUUGGACACAGCCUUUAUGCCAAAGAAGGAGGAGUGGACUCCCCCAAAGAAGGGCACUGGCCCUUCAGAGAGCGACAGCUCUGAGCUCUACUCACCAGCCCACUUCUCAGACCUGGGAGAAGCUUCUGAAAAGCUCUUGGAGAAGCAGCGGAAGCGGAAGAGACAGCGCCACUCCUCUGCUGCAAUGCAUUCCAAGAAGGAGAGAAAUGAGGAGGGGCUGGGGGAGACCCCACACUCUGAGGGGGAGACAUCAGUUCAUGGAACUGCUGCAAGCCCCAAAGAGGGUAAUGAAGAAGGGUCAGAGAACGACCAUGGAGUGCCUUCAUCCAAAAAGAUGCAGGGGGAGCGUGGAGGAGGAGCAGCUCUCAAGGAGAACGUGUGUCAGAUCUGCGAGAAGCCAGGGGAGUUGUUGCUGUGUGAGGCGCAGUGCUGUGGUGCUUUCCACCUGCAGUGCCUUGGGCUCUCCGAGAUGCCAAAGGGCAAAUUCAUCUGCAAUGAGUGUUCUACAGGGGUCCAUACCUGCUUUGUGUGCAAGAGCUGUGGGGAAGAUGUAAAACGGUGCUUGCUGCCCCUCUGUGGGAAGUAUUACCAUGAAGCGUGCAUACAAAAAUACCCACCCACAGUCAUGCAGAACAAGGGCUUCCGAUGCUCCCUGCACAUAUGCAUGACUUGUCAUGCUGCUAACCCAGCAAACAUCUCUGCAUCUAAAGGUCGCUUGAUGCGCUGUGUGCGGUGUCCAGUUGCGUACCACUCCAACGACUUCUGCCUCGCUGCUGGGUCUGUGGUCCUUGCCUCCAACAGCAUCAUCUGCCCCAAUCACUUCACUGCACGGAGGGGCUGCCGCAACCACGAGCACGUCAACGUCAGCUGGUGCUUUGUCUGCUCAGAAGGGGGCAGCCUUUUAUGCUGUGAGUCGUGCCCAGCUGCGUUUCACCGUGAGUGUCUAAACAUUGAGAUGCCAGAGGGAAGCUGGUAUUGUAAUGAUUGCAAGGCAGGCAAAAAGCCACACUACAAGGAAGUAGUCUGGGUGAAAGUUGGGCGCUACAGGUGGUGGCCAGCUGAGAUUUGCCAUCCUAGGACAAUUCCUGUCAACAUCCAGAAAAUGAAACAUGACAUCGGUGAGUUCCCUGUGCUGUUCUUCGGCUCCAAGGAUUACCUGUGGACCCACCAGGCCCGUGUGUUCCCUUACAUGGAAGGUGAUGUCAGCAGCAAAGACAAGAUGGGGAAGGGCGUGGAUGGCAUAUACAAGAAAGCUCUCCAGGAAGCUGCAGUAAGAUUUGAAGAGUUGAAGGCACAGAAAGAACUGAGACAGCUUCAAGAAGACAAAAAGAACGACAAGAAACCUCCUCCCUACAAACACAUCAAGGUGAACCGGCCAGUGGGUAAGGUGCAGAUCUUCACUGCAGACCUGUCCGAGAUACCACGUUGCAACUGCAAACCAACAGAUGAAAACCCAUGUGGCCUGGACUCUGAAUGCAUCAAUCGCAUGUUGCUCUAUGAAUGCCACCCCAUGGUCUGCCCUGCUGGGGAGCGCUGCCAGAACCAGUGCUUCUCCAAGCGGCAGUAUCCCGAGGUACAAAUCUUCCGCACGCUGGCACGAGGCUGGGGCUUGCAAGCCAAAACAGACAUCAGAAAGGGUGAAUUUGUGAAUGAGUAUGUUGGGGAGCUAAUUGAUGAGGAGGAGUGCCGAGCCCGAAUCCGCUAUGCUCAGGAGCAUGAUAUCACCAAUUUCUACAUGUUGACACUGGAUAAGGAUCGAAUCAUUGAUGCUGGGCCAAAGGGCAAUUACGCUCGGUUCAUGAACCAUUGCUGCCAGCCAAACUGUGAGACUCAGAAAUGGUGUGUGAACGGUGAUACUCGGGUUGGGCUCUUCGCAAUUGUAAAUAUCAAAGCUGGGACUGAGCUGACUUUCAACUACAAUCUGGAGUGUUUAGGAAACGGAAAGACCGUUUGUAAGUGUGGUGCCCCAAAUUGCAGUGGCUUCCUAGGUGUACGGCCAAAGAGCCAACCCAGCCUCAGUGAGGAAAAGUCCAAGAAGCUAAAGAGACGGCCGCAGAUGAAGCGCAGGUCGCAGGCAGAGGUGAUGAAGGAGCGAGAGGACGAGUGUUUCAGCUGUGGGGACGGAGGGCAGCUGGUGUCUUGUAAGAAGCCAGGCUGCCCCAAGGUGUACCACGCAGACUGCCUCAACCUGACCAAGAGACCUGCAGGAAAAUGGGAGUGCCCGUGGCAUCAGUGUGAUAUGUGUGGUAAGGAAGCAGCUUCUUUCUGCGAGAUGUGCCCCAGGUCCUUCUGCAAGCAGCACCGGGAAGGCAUGCUCUUCAUCUCCAAGCUGGAUGGACGUUUAUGCUGCACAGAGCAUGAUCCCUGUGGGCCUAACCCUCUAGAGCCGGGAGAAAUCCGUGAGUAUGUGCCUCCCAUAGGAGCCCUGGCUAACGGCGAGGACACCCAGCCACCAGAGCAGCCUCCUGCAGACACAGACCUGAGCGUUCAGCCUCUGGACAGCCUACCUCAGUCUGUGGCCCUCAGACUUCAGUCACCAGAAAAGCCCCCUGCUACCCUAGCGCUGAGGCUGCCGCCCUCAGAGAAGCCCGCAACCACCGUAGCCCUGAGGUUGCAGCCGUCAAACAAGCCCCCCACCACCCUGGCCCUCAGGCUGCCUCCACCAGACAAACCACCCGCCACCCUGGCGCUGAGACUGCCACCAUCAAAUAAACCCCCCACCACCUUGUCACUGAGGCUGAAGCCAUCCAACAAACCCCCCACCACCCUCUCGCUCCGGCUGCAGCCUUCUGACAAACCCCCCACCACCCUCUCGCUCCGCCUGCAGCCGUCGGACAGGCCCCAGGCUGCCCUGUCCCUAAGGCUGCAGUCAGAGAAGCAACCCAUCAUCGUAGCGCUGAGGCCUCAGCAGCCUGACAAACCUCCCACCAACGCGGUGCUGUGGCCACUGGAUGAGUCCUCCAGUGACGCCUCACAGCCUCAUCUGCCGAGCAAAUCUCCUCCGGGAACUCCACACUCGUCAGACGAGUCUCUCGUUACUGCUGGUGCCCUGCAGCUCCAGCUGUCGGACGAGCCUCCUGCCACCCCCGGGGUUUUGGGGUUAUCGGACAAAUCUCUCAUUGACACCAGGACCCAGCAGCCUGAGCUGCUGGAUGAGUUCCCAACGAAAUGCCUGCAUCCCCAACUUUCGGACAGACUUCUUGCCGCAGCAGGGACCCUUCAGUCCCAGCCGGUGGAUGAGCCUCCUGCGGCCGAUCAGACUCAGCCGUUGGACAAAGCUUCUGCCCAGAGUCCGCAGCUUCAGUCUGUGGAAAAGGCUUCUGGCUCCACGGUGCCACAGGUCCCAGCAUCGGAGGUGGCUCCCAGUCCUGGGGUGCUGUGGCCUCUGCCCAUUGAAAAAGUCCCCAGCUCCCUGGUCUCACGGAUCCUGCCUAUAGAGAAGGCUCCUGGAUCAGCUGUGUCACGACCCCCACCUCCAGAGAAGGCUUCCUUCUCUGGGGCAGUGCGGGUCCCAGGCACGGAGAAUGCUCCCAGCUCUGGGGUGCCUCGUCCCCUGCAUCUGGAGAAGGCUUCUGCCUCGGGGAUGCCACGGAUCCUGCCCACAGAGAAGGCGCCCAGCUUAGGGGUGCCACGGCCCCUGCCUCCAGAGAAGGCUCCUGGCUCCCGGUCACCGCACGUCCUGCCCAUGGAGAAGGCUCUUGGCUCGGGGGCCCUGCGGAUUCCACUCACGCAGAAGGUGCUCGCCCCCGGGGUGCUGCGGCCCCUGCCUCCAGAGAAAGCUUCCGACUCCGGGUCCCUGCGGGUCCUGCCUCCGGAGAAGGCUCUUGGCUCUGGGGUGGCUCGGCCUCAGCUCUUGGAGAGGCCUCUCACUCUUACAGCCCCGUGGCCUCAGGCAUCGGACAAGCUGGCUGCCGCCGUGGCUCCUCGGCCUCAAGUCUUUGACAAGCCUCCAGCCGUGUCAGCUCCGAGGCUGUUGCUGUCGGAGAAGGCGCUGCGGCCCGUCGACCAGAACGCGCAGCCAAAGGAGAGAGGAGCCCCAGCCACGGAGCUGAGUCCCCAGCAGAAAGAGAGGACCAUGUUAGCUGGUGAGCAAAUCUCUUGGUCUGCUGGGAAAGCAGUGACGCAUGUCGGACAGGUACCUUGGCCUACGGAGAAACUACAGACACACGAGCAAACCCACUGGCCCACCACGAAAGUCCUGACGCUUGCAGAGCAGCCUCCCCGGACAGCAGAGAAGCUACCAGAGCCAACCCUUCAGCCUGGCUGGGAAGUGGCCUCAGCUCCCGCAGAGCAAACCCCUUGGACAUCAGAGAGAUUGUGUGCAUUUGAGCAGACCCCUCGGCCAGCCAGGGAAGCGCCGGUGCCCCCAGAGCAGAUGCAGUGGCUUGUCACGAACAUUCAGACAAUUGACCAGAUUUCUUGGCUGAGUGGAAAAGCACAGACUCCUCGGGGGCAGGACCCUUUGCCUGAACAAAACACAGCGCUAGCCCGUAACCAGGAUUCUGUCUGUCGUGAGUUGGCCGACUCAGAGCCAAAGUGAGGUUGGUGAAUAUGGGAGGCAGGUUUCAGUCUUUUAAUGUUUAGGGAGGGGGAAUCUUUGUUUUGUUUUUUUUAUUCACUUCCCUGAGCCCAGCCCCUAACCCAUGCACAUCUUAUCCAUAUUCUCGUGACAUGAGCAAGGACAUUCACUUAAGUCUGAGUGUGGCCCAGCUGAAGGGAGAGAGCAUCUGUGACCUUUUCCUCUUCCUUUUACAAAUGGUAAAGCUGAAAUAAAGAGUCCACUCUGGGUAAAAAUCUCCAAUUCCAUUGAAAUGGUCACAUUACUUGAUCCAGCGUGUUCGAGCUCCAGGUCUGAUUCGUAGGCGGGUUCCCAGGUACAGCUAGGGGCUUUGCUCUUGUUACUGUAUUUAGAGGAAGCAGAUCAGUCAGGCUGCCCUGGGACUGGAGGUGUUUCAGGGAUCAGGCGGUGAGCAGUCGGGUGUACGCCCUUGCCGGACUCUGUGGAAGCAGGGAAGGGAUUUAUCUGUCAUCUGCCCAGGUCUCUGUCCCUGCAGGGUGUUGCUUUGCGAGGUUUGUCUGUAUGUUCACUGGGAUGUGCUGCGUGUGUGGUUCACUGAAGGACAGGUAUUGUCUCCAGCUGAGCUGGGAGAGGAGCCCGCUGCACUCGCUCGGUGCAGUUUCCUCCAGCAAUAGGCAAUAUCCAUUCAGGCUCCUUUAUACAAAGCUGCAACUGGCCAGGUCCGUUAAAUGGGAAAUCUGAAGGAGGUCAGGGAAAAGAGAGAUCUUGGAAGAAGCCAUCUGGCAAUUUUUCCAUUCUUGUGUCUUAAUCCUCUAGCACAGGACACAUGGAGUGUUUCCUGCACUUGAAAACUUUAUGACCUAUAAAGCAGCAAUAGCAGAGUAGGGCAGAGUGGGUUUUCCCCAAGGUGCUGAGCGCCACCCUGUCAGGGUGGUGGUGCUCCCUCUCAAUUUUCCAUCCAGUUUCUUCUUGACUUCUGUCGUCACCAUGAGCCAGCAGACUGAGCAAUCUUUUCUCCCCUUGCCUCAGACGUGUCCAGGACAUGUUUGCAUCAUACCUGCUCUUUCCAGCAGCAGGACACACUGUCGAGCUGCAAGCGAAGCCUGUACCAUUGGCUACACGGUGCAGAGGCAAGGGUGCUGUAGCUGUUACCAGGACCCAUCUCGACACCUUCCCCUUGGGUAGCUUCUGGCUUAACUCUUCUACAACCAAAGGAGACUUGAAUUAACUGGACUGUGUUGGUGUGCAUGUGUGUGUGCGCGCGCGUGUGUGUCCUUCCAACUGAAUAGUAGUUCUCACACUGGAACACGGUGGGCUCCAGCAGCUGGCUGGCUUUCUUUUUUCCUCUUCUCCCUUUUCCAGUUAAGGAGAUGUGUAGUACCUGGUGGUUAUCAGGCUGGUGUCCAGACUAGGCCUGCUGAAAGCCGUUUUCUCAAACGUUGAGGCAUAAGUUCACUUGGCUGUGGUACUCAUGGGGCAAGUGGUAGAGGCCCAGGGACCAGCAGAGUGGCAUCUUGCGACCACCGGCACCGUCGAGGCAGGAGGAGGACGGGCCUCCCUGGGUGGCACUGCUCGGGCUGGAUGGGGUCGGAAUCCUGCCGAGGAGGCACUGCUGACCAGCACACUCUCCCACUCUCACAACACAUUACCUCUGUGGUUUGCCUGAGCUCCGCCGCUCUGGGUGCCGCAGCCGUGGAUCUCCGUGCCCUCCCCCAGACCCUUGCGCAGCUCCAGUGUGUCCUUCUCCUUCCAGGCAGAUCCGCAGUCCCUCCCUGGAGAGGGAGUGUUCUGCUCCAGGCUGACCCUCUCCCUCCAGUGUAGGAGCAGGUCCUUGUUCCCGCCUGGCUUGCAAGUGCCUGCUGCUCCCAGAGCAGACGGUCAUGAGUUUUGCAUUUUUCUAUGAAGGGAGGCAGACACUUGUACUGAGACAAAUCCCGACCCAUUCUCCUUUCCUGAGGUAUGCACCCCAAGACAACGUCCUGCUGUAAAGGCCGGGUGUGCUGGGCACGAGGGGACAUUACCAGUGCUAUGGUGUAUCUCUUCUCUAGUCCGAAUCAUUUCAGAUCCUUUGUAGAAUAGCUAGCAACUUUGAAAAGCUUUAUGGCUUACGGAAACUUACUGUUUAAUGUUGUUUUUUUCCGGGAAGACUGGCAGGUCAGUUCCUGCUUGCUGCUGAAACUGGGGAAAUGCAAGCAGCUUGUGUUUCUGCGUGACUCCUGCACAAAGGGAAUCAGGACAACUCCUCAGAGCCAUUGAGAGAGAAGAUAAAUCUAAGGGCAUUCAUUAACUUUUUAAAACAAAAUGAAAAAAAAAAAGUAUGGUAAUGACAUUCAGUAUAUUAAGUAUUUAUCAUGUGUGAGAAGGAAAAUAAAUCUUGAAUUUACAUUUAUAGGCCUUCCCAUGAGCUGGACUUAGUCAUGUAGAUUGUGUAAGUAGGGUUACCUCCGUGCCAGCCACCCAGCCAGCUACAGCUGUAACCGGAAAGGUAUCUGCACUGCUCUGUCCACCUCCGCUUCGCAUUGUCACGUGUUAACUAGUUACUUGUUUCAUGAAAAAUAAACUGUGAAUAUUUUUGGUGCAGGCUUUUUUAAAUCUGUAAAAUGGAGAAGUUCUCAACGAAUUCUCAUAAGUGCAGGUUUGAAAAAAAUCACUUUAUAAUCGUGUGUUCACGUAGUAGGGUGAGGUUCAUGGCAGCAGCAGCCUUCCACGCAGCAGGCUUUUACCCAAAAGCUUGUUUUGAACAGUGAAGGUGGAUUGAACCGUUGCGUGGCAUUUCAGACCCACGGCCUUAUUCCUUGCAUCUGACUGUACCCCACCUCUCUUCUUGUCUCCGUUCAUGCCUUUUCCAUGAGGAUACAGGUUUCUAGCUUGCUACCUUCCAGCUACUGUUGGAAAGUUGACUUCAGUGUAGCUGGGAGGCUGCUUGGUGAAAUUGGCAUUUGGAAACCAUUGAAGGAGGAAGCUAGCAAGCUGCUCUUCCCUCCUUGUACUUGCUGGGCCCCUGGGCCCUGCUCUGUCGGAUCAGGAGGGCUUUUCUGGACGUACACAGGGCUUGCAGAGGUAGUAGUGGUGCUGUUAGAGAUGGUUGUCUGUGUUGGGUCACGUCAGCAAUACAGGCAAGGCCUGACCAGGCAUGGAGAUAGGUCCUGGCAGCCCAGCCCUGCCCAGCCUGCCUUCAUUGGCAGGGAGCAUGAGCAUGGGCUGAGAAACAGAUCCAGGCAACACAACCCUCAUGAAGGAAAUACGGGCUUCUUCAGCACUUGAGUUGACUCUCUGUCCUGGCUUUGAGUGUGGAGUGGGGUUUGUGGGCAUCAGGGGAGGGGGCUACAGUGUUGGCCCCUGUGGGACUGUGGGCAGCAGCUGAUAGCACUGCCUUGGAGGAGGAGAGGGAAGUGUCUGUACUGAAGCAUCUGGGUUCAUUUUCUGCAGUUCAUUACUGCCUUCAGAGUUCAACCAGUUUGAAUCACUGGGGUUUUUUAAGUUGGAGGAAAGCAGCAGAUAACACAUAGCCCUGACAGACUGCUUCUGCAGAAGAGAGACUGCUGCAGCUCUGUUCUAGCCUCCCCGAGCCCCUGCACUGGGCUCAGCCAGCUUUGCUGCAGCUCUGUGGCCAAGGCCAUGGUGCUUUUUUGCUGGGUUGGAGGGAUCCAGUCACCUGGCCGCUGACAGUCUCAGAUCAGCCAUAAUUGCACCCACGGUGCGUGAGAAGUUGACUCUGCUGUUGAUUCACUGUUGUGGUCAAUUGUAGAAGGAGAACCGAGGGUGUAAUUAUUUUUGCUCAGAGCUGUGUCCCUUUCCCUGCUGUCUCAGGGAGGCUCUCGGGAACUUCCCCGGUUCACACGCCUAUUCCUGCUUGUAGGAAUGGCUCUCCCUUUUCAGUUUUGGAGGGGAUGAAGGAUUUGAUCCCAUACAAAUGCUUGGCUGGUCAGCAUCCUAGCUGUCGGGGUAGCCUGGCUGCCCCUUGCUCAGAGCAGUGGGCUGAGGGUCACUGGCUGUGGCCUCCAUCCCACAGCAGGACCCACUUCAGUGAUGGGUUUCCACAGUGGGCAGGAAAGUCCCAGUUGACUUUUGGUGAUGGAGGAGCACUGGUGAGGACUGGUGGCGUGGUCAGGGACUCUUGUGGGCAUGAGCUGCCUGCCCAGGCACAGGAGGAGGGUUGCGGAAGAGGAGCCGCUGCAGGGCCUGUGGGACAUGAGGGCAGGAGGGGGGAGUGGGCACAGGCCACCAUCCUGCGUGGCUUGUCCCAUCUGCACCAGCUCGCUGGGCUGGUGCCUGCUGUCAACCAGGACUCUGGUGAAUUUAGCAGAGCGGCCACUGUAAGGGAUAAUCCCCUACUGCACGUCUUCAGAUACUAACUAGCUCAUGGUAGCUUGCUUUAUUGCUAUUCUCAAGUUAAAACUUUUCCUAUUUAACAAAAAAAACCACAAGAACCAGAUUCACUUCAAUGCACAACGUAUCCAGGUGGUACUGUGGGAGCAUGCAUUAUAAUUGAGGGUUAAACUCCCCACAGGCACAGGCUUCGCUUUGAAGGUGUGACUGUUAUUAAAACUGAAGAGGUGAGAUGGUUGAAUCUAAAGGACAGUAACAUGCUAAGGUGAGACGAUGUGGAUCGAGGGUGCUAGAAGAGCUUCAGCUCAGUUUUACGGGGGGGAAAAAAAAAAAAAAAAGAAAGAAAAAGCAGCCCUAACCCAGAUGCGUCUCGGCAGCAGUUUAACCUGAGCACACUGUGGAUGUGCGCUGCUCCUACCUGGAUGCCACAGCCAACGUUGUGACAGAGCAGGAGGAGUUUGUUUGAGAAACCUCAGACCUUCAACACUUUCCAGUUAUUUUUAAUUUCAGCCUUAAUUUCUGAUUUUGCUUGAUGUUUGGAAUAACCGUAAUUGUAACCUGCUUGUAAUGUGCUUUGCCCUAAAUUACUGAUGAGGCUUCCAGCCUUUGCCAGCCAGUGAGUGUUAAAGCAAAGUGGCAAACCACGCAGCUACUCUGAAAGUACAAAGGGGGCCGGUGAGGGCUUGUGCUGUGUUUGAUUGCCCGGGCUUUGACCACGCUAAUUACUCCCCUGUGAUAGUGAUAACGCGGUGGCAGCAUUUGCACCGAGGCUCUUGCAGCAGCGCGGCCGGGCUGAUGGGUGCUCGGGGCUCCCAGGGCCUGCGAGAUGGGAUGCUGAAGCUUGGGGACCUCUCCGCUGCUUGCCUGGCUUCAGCAGGAGUCUUGCCUGAGGGGUGGCAGUGCCCCCACUUAGCAGGGGGUGGGAAAAGGCAAGAUUUCUGCUCCGGGUCCUCCAAAAAGCCGUCUAAGCAAAGUCCAGUGCAGGGGGACAGCAUGUGUCAGCUUGGGCUGGAGAAGUGGCGGUGAUGGACAGUCCCUACAGCACUGAAUCUACCUCCUAGGGAAAUCUGAGAAAUGGGUGUUGCUAUGUCCUAUUUCAAGGUAAAGUUUUAAUCAGUUUGCCCUUGGUGAAGAACUUGGGCUAUUGUGGUGCUAUUGUAAACCGUUCGGCAGCUUAGCACAGUAGGGCUGAACUCACGGCUCCUAGCCCGCGGGCUGGAGGUUUCUUCGCCAGCUGAAUCCCAUCCCCCAGUAGCUGGGGCUGGGCUUUGGCACGUGUGAUGGAAACAGGAUGAGGCGUGACUCGGUUCCUUCGAUUUAUGAUGGCUUCGAGACUCAAACCAGUGUGCCAGUGGGCCCCGUGGGCGUAGGGAGCGAGUGGAGCCACGUGAAGCAAGGCAGGCGUCCGCUAACUGCAUGUUCUUUGUGUCCGUUUGGUACUGAGCUGGUUUCAGUUUUUGUUUUUGUUUUGUUUUUUUUUUUUUUUUCUCUGAUGUUUCCAAGUUGUUGACUUCAAGGAACUGGGUUUUGUGUAUUUUUUUAGACACUGGGAACUUGUUAAAAGGAAAAGCAGCAGCACCGGGAGGCGCAGGGUGGAGUGUAGCUGGAGCUGAGGGCAGUGCCGGCCGGCGUGGGUGGGAGGUCGGACGUGUCGGCAGCGGCCGGAGCGGGCAGGGAGCAGGCAGGGAGCAGCUCUCCCUGCGAAGGGCAGGAGAAGCCUUUCAGCGGCCGCACUCCCGGCCCUGCUUAACCAUGGUGCCAAGUUCACCGCCCGCCAGCCUGCUCGCCUCCGAGACACCCCACGUGUCGGAUACAGCGCCUGGCUUUGAAUGUCCCCUGCCACCCUCCGGUGCCGUGUGCUCUUGGCUGGGGUCCUGCCUGCCGGCUAGCCCCCCACUCCCAGGGAGGGUGGCCCUGACUGCCCGCUGCCCGUGAGGAGGGGGACACGGGGGGGCCACCCGUGACAGCAGCCUGAGUUGUGCUGAAGCCGCGAGCGGGAAGGUUUGCUCAGAGGUGGGGAAGCCUUGGUGCGAGCGGCCCCAAGCCGCGUUCCUCCCCCGCUGAGGUCUGCUGGCAGCAGAGGGCAGUCCCCUGCAGGGUCCCGUCCCCCCCAGCACAGCGGGAGGCAAGGUGCCCGGCUGAGGUGGGUGCCGGCUGGAGCUGGCGGGCACGGGGGUGGUGGCUGGGGUGGGGGACGUGUGGGUGCUUGGCCCUGGCCAGGACUCGUCUGUUGGUUCUAAGCAGGGACGCCAGAGCAGGUGAGAGAAACCUACAUAUUUCCAGCAUGUAUAUUAUUUUUAGAAGAGGGAGAGGGGAGAGUCUUGGACCAUUGAUUACUUUCAUUUUGCUCCCCUUAGACUGUUGGCUGUGUAUGUGAAACUUAUAAUGAAAUGAGGGUUGCCCUGCCCAGGUGCUCCCAGAACAUGUACUGUAAUUCUUUGUAUAUAGAAGAAAAAAAUUACUGUAAAGUAAAGUUUAACUUUACUCUCGA